AUGAGACCCGCUUAUGUUGGAAUCUGCGGAAGUGAUAUUCAUGAAUAUAUGUCGGGACCUAUUCUGGUUUCCAAAAAAGCCUACUCUGCGAGUGGGAAACAAGCCCCCGUCACACUAGGCCACGAAUUUAGUGGCAUCAUAGAAGAGGUCGGCGAGGACGUCAAGGGCCUUCUCAAGGGACAACGAGCAGUCGUCCGGCCAACAAUCUUCGAUGGAAAAUGUCCUGCCUGCAAGAACGGAAACAGGCAUUGCUGCGAAAAUAUCAGAUUCAUCGGCCUCAGUGGAUACGGUGGUGGUAUGGCUCAUUUUAUCGUGGCACCGCCAGAGCACUUCUAUCCCUUGCCAAAUGAUGUUUCGCUAGAAGCCGGUGCACUCGUGGAGCCACUGGCAGUGGCUUGGCAUGCAGUCAAUCUGUCUCCAUUUAAAGCCAAUGACACUGCACUCGUUCUGGGUGGAGGUCCUAUUGGGAUCGGUGUGAUUCAAGUACUCAAGCUGCAGGGCGCGAGAAACAUCAUCCUUGUGGAGCUAAUGGAGAAUCGCAAGAAGCUUGCGGAAGAGCUUGGCGCUACCCACAUCUUCGAUCCUAGGGAAUGCGAUAUUCCCACCGAAGUUUCGAAAGUAACAAAGAAAGUGGGCGCGGAUGUUAUAUUUGACUCUGCUGGUGUCGAGAAAGCUCUGAAUGGGAUUAUUCCAGCAUGUCGUGUCCAUGGGACAAUCGUCAAUAUCGCAGUUUGGGAGGGCAAACCGUCGCUCGAUGUCAAUAAUAUGACAUACAGCGAGAUCAACUACAUGGGGGCUGCACUAUAUGACGAGAUGUCGUUUCUCAAUGUGAUUCAGGCAUUGAGCUACGGCCAGCUGAACACUGAGAAGAUGAUUACAGCGAGGAUAAAGCUAGAGGACGCAGUGGAGAAGGGCUUACAGGAGUUAAUUCAUCAUCGCGAUCGCCACUGCAAGAUUCUCAUUGAUGCGCAAACAUGA